AUGAGUUCGUUCAGUACGAGGGCUCUGACGCUGCUCUCGUCUGUUUUCGGGGCCUGCGGUUUGCUGCUGGUGGGCGUUGCCGUGUCGACGGACUACUGGCUGCUGAUGGAGGAGGGAAUCGUGCUGCAGCAGAAUCAGACCACCGAGGUCAAGAUGGCGCUGCACUCUGGACUCUGGAGGGUUUGCUUCGUGGCCGGACCUGAGAAGGGCAGAUGUGUGGCUUCAGAGUAUUUCACCGAGCCAGAGAUAGAAAUUACCACAGAAAAUACAGCCAACAUCCUCAAAAUGGUGCGGACAGCCACUCCCUUCCCUAUGAUUUCCCUGCUCUUCGUCUUCACCGCCUUCGUCAUCAGCAACAUCGGACACAUCCGGCCGCAGCGCACCAUCCUCGCCUUCGUUUCGGGCAUAUUCUUCAUACUGUCAGGUAAAGUGCACAUGCAUCAACACGGAGCCUAA